GAACUGGGGCUUUCUGAGAGCUACAACAUUCGCAAGAAAUGAAAAAAAAGACUGGAACCAAGAUGGCGACCCACUGGAUCUUAGCAGUGUUCCUGGUUCUCGUUCCAGUGUCAAACGCUCUUCCAGAGGUCAACGAAUUAGAUGGGGAGGCAGACUUUCGAUCUAUUCGGCUUCACUGGAAGUACGACAGGGCCGUUCCAGGACGGUACCACUUCAUCGUGACCUACUGCGAGGACCAGUCUUGGGGGAAAUACAGGUGUAAAAAGCAGGAAGUCCAAGAGAGCAACUCUAUCCACUCGGCGAGUUCGGACAAGAAAUAUCGAGUGUUCGAAACCGUGAUCGCUGGGCUUCGGAUGUCGACCAACUACACACUGGAAGUGACGCCCGUCCUGGAGGGCGAAAAUUCAAAUCGCGGACGAGCGUUCGGACGAGAGAUCAUCAUACGGACGAAAGGAUUUUCAGCCAGAGCUACUAACUGCCUAGCAAAUUCAAGCGUCGUGGAAGUCGAGACGGGUCCGCACUUCGGUGGUAAGAUAUCUGUGGAAGGCACGGAAGACCCCCGCUGCAGUACCAAGGGCGAGAGAGAGAGCGUGAAGACGUCUUACCUCCUGAACAUCGACCACAACGUCUGCGGGAGCGAUAUCCAGAACACGUCGGUGCAGACCUUCAUCAUUGUCCAGGAGAACCUGCCGAUUCUGACCCACUCCACCAGGAGGUUUUUGGUCAUGUGUAAUUACGUCCCCGAGACCUUCACCGUCAGAGCUGGGGUCAACCUGCCUGAGGACAUCAACAACGUCGGAGACGGCCUCUCGCCCGUCGACCAGUCCAUCUUCGAGGUCGAUCCUUCGGAGCUGUUCGACUCCGCCAACAACCUGUUCGAUUCUCGUCUCUCGGAGGAGGUGGGGAGGGCUCUCAAGAUGUCUGCUGGUGAAAAGAACAAAGAACCGAAGAUGUGGGCUCACCUUGUGAUCAUGGUCAUCCUGGUGAUGGCGGCAGUCGUGGGUCUGUCAUGCGCAGUGUGGCACUUCGCUCGCCACGCCAGAACGAACAACAGGCAAGGUUUCAUGUCACCUCAGGAGGAACCCCGCGCCCUUGAGGAAACGAGUUCUAUGGAAGCCGUCGUGAGGGAUUACUCCACGGGGGACACCGCCCCCACCUGCGUGGAGAAUCCAGUUGCCCUGUUUCAGACAAGCUUCAUGACUGGACCUGAGACAGUAUCGGAGACCUUGUAUGACCUAAGGGACGAUCUUGACCCCGACCAGGACCUGGAAGACCUCUGUCGACCUCCAGCUGUCGAAUCGCAGAUCAUUCAUGACCUCGAGGUUGACCUGCCAGGACUGGGAGUCACUGACCUUUGCCAACUAUCUGUCCAUGACUUCAACGUCGCUGACAUACCCAACGUUCACAUGGGCACACUGCCCGACAGCCUGUGCUUCGAUGCCCAUGGGCAUAUCAUUGACCUAGGGCAAGAGGAGCACAUGCUGGAAGCAGUAGCGGCAGGAGGAGGUCAUCCAGUCGAGACUUUUAACCCUUUGCCCAUCAUGGUAGGGCAGCCACCAGACAUUGACUCCUUGACCUUUGACCCGCUACCCAUCAUUGACCUGCCACCGUCCCCCUUUGCUGACGAGUUCCCCCUGCCCCCAGACAUUUACCAUUCCCCCAAUUCCUCCAUCAUCGUCCUGGACCCCUUAGCACUGCACCACCAGAGCCUGUUGCAUCUUCCAGCCCCGCUGCUGGAAGAAGAACUCAUGGUCGGCCCCUGCCCUCCGCCCAUGUCCCUCCAGCACGUGCCACAGGCCUACUUCGAGGGCACCCUGCCCAGGGGCAUCAUACUCGACGAGGAAGACGACGACGUCUUCGAGAGCAGCAGCGACGGGGAAGGAGGAGGAGGAGGAGGAGGAGGACACCUUCCAGGGGAUCUCGGGUUCCAGGAAGAAGAAGAAGAAGAAGGAGAAGAAGAAGAUAGUGUCUUCGAUCGUCACUUGAACGACGAAGACAGGGAAAUAGCAAUUAGCAGACAUCCGUCCCUGGAUCAGAACUGGAAACUGGGAGAUGGAGAUGGGCAACUGUUCCCGGCGUUUUCUCAGUGAUUCCAGUUUCCAGUUCUCAGUCGAACGUCCCUCCUACCAUAAGUAUUCAUAGACAUGCACUCUGCAGGAUACUCGACAUUGUUUGUAUUUCUUGCUAAGCAACGGCUGUUUAUUUAUUCUUUCACAUGUGAAUUCGUAUUAUUUAUUUAUUAUAAAUGUAGGUAAGAUAGUCCGUAUCAUUUCCAGAGCUUGGCUUCAAAAAUGAUAAUAUGUUUAUGUUGUGUGAUUACUUGACGUACUCUCUCUCUCUCUCUCUCUCUCUCUCUCUCUCUCUCUCUCUCUCAAUGCUUUGGUCUCCUUUCAAUGACGGUUUUUAUUUUGUCACUAUAGCUAACUUCUUCAAUAGGCAAGUUUCUCAACAGUUGCGAGUACACUCUGUCACUUGGAAAGAGUAAAUGACACUCCCGGCUAACUUUCACUAAAAACAUUCGCUGUUAUCAAGUUUAUGAUGAUAUACUCAAGAACUUUCAUAAUUUUAUUAACGAGCAAAUGUUCUUUCCGAUAAACUUGUAAACUGCGCAACACUCCCUGUAGUCUCAUU